AAAUUUAUUUAAUUUAAAGUAAAAAUAUAAAGAUUUAAUUAAAAAUAAUACAAAAUAUAAAUUUAUUUAUAUUUUUCUUUAAGAAUUGUCUAGAAUCAUUAACUUAGUGAGUUUCGAAUUUUACAAAGAAUUGAACUCCUCCUUUCCAAAUUUUCCGGCGUUGAAAAUGGGGAAUUGCUUGACGAGUAUCAAGAUUCUUCCCCAAAACGACCAGCCUGAGCCACAAGGCCACCGACCAGAAGUCAUCGAAGGGAGGAGAGAACUUACAGCGUCCAACUUGGGAGGAGCCGAGGUCGCUGCUGAUGAGGGUGAGAAGAUUAAGCAGAGGAAGAAGAAGAUGAGGUUCAAAUCAAACGAAGAAAACAAUGUUGUGACACUGGAAGAGUUGAACCAGAUUUUAAGUUCCAGGAAAGAUUUGAAGCACUCUUCAGUGGAGCGAAAACUGAGAGGUAUUUGGGUUUCUGAAGCUGGAAGAGCAAGUGGAGUUGAUGGCUUUCAUGGAGGUUGGAGGCCGGCAUUGGAGAGUAUUCCAGAGGAAGAUUAACAAAAUAAAAUAUCUGUAACUUUUAGUUUUUUCCUGAUUAACUGAUCUCUCUUAUUGUAAAUAAACCUUUGAUUGUACCUUGCGCGACUGCCAUUUU